AUGACUAAAGCUGAGCAAAUUGUCCAAAAUCGAGAGAAGAAGUUGCAUAAUACUAUGCGUGAAUUGAAAAUUCUAAAACUUUGCUCAAACAUUUGUGUUGGCGUUUCGGGAGAUAGACUUACUCGUGCAGCUAAGGUUCUUGAGCAAUUGACUGGACAAACACCCGUUCUUUCCAAGGCCCGUUAUACCGUUCGAGCUUUUGGCAUUCGUCGAAAUGAAAAGAUCGCUGUUCACUGCAUGGUCCGUGGCUCAAAAGCUGAGGAGAUUAUUGAUCGUGGUUUGAAGGUCAAGGAAUUUGAACUUUAUAGAGAAAAUUUUUGGAUACUGGCAACUUUGGGUUUGGAAGCAACAGAAUGCGUGGCUUUUCCUUUUUUGGGGAUUAACCUUUUCAGGGGGGAGGGUGGUAUUGAAUUGCGGACAAAACUUGCUUUUUUCAAUUUUUGA